AUGUUUUAUUAUUUAAUAUAUAUUCUCACAUUAUUUAUUGUUGGAUAUACAUCUGAACAAUAUUUAUUAGGUACUCAUUUUUAUGUUAAUCAAGAUAAUAUACUCAUUGAUAAUACAUUAAAAACAGUUUCAACAUUAGCACGUCCAUAUGAUCUUGUUGCAUUUAUUGGUCAAUCAGAACGUUUAGCACGUAUUGAUUAUUUACAAACAUAUAUUGAUUCAGUUGAUGAUGUUGUUGAUUUAUCUUCACCACAACAACAACAAUCAAAUCAAAUUAAUAAUGAUAAACAAGAUAAUAAUGAAAAUAUAGAUAAAUGUAAUCAUUUUAUAAAUAAUGGUGAAUCAUCAAUAUUUAAAAUUCUUAAAACAAAUCUUUAUGAUACAUUUCAUAUACCAUUUGAAUUAAAAAAUAUUUCAAAUAAUUAUACAAUAAAUGAUAAAUCAAAAACAAAGAUUUUAACAUGUAAUCAUUUUUGUCAUAUCGAUACAAGUCUUUUAACAUUUGAUCAUUUACCAAGUAUUUCAACACGUUAUGAUGAACAACAAGCUAUACGUAUUGAUGAUGAAGAAAUAAAUAAUAUAACAAUAAUAAAUUAUGAUCAACAAGCUCUAUGGUCAACCAAUGAAUUAUAUCAUAAUCAAACAUCAUGGUUAGCAUAUGUUUAUUUAAGUCGAUAUUAUAAUUCAAAUUUUUCAUAUCAUAAUGCUAUUGAUUGUUUACGUUGUGCACUUAUAUAUGGUUCAAAUCAUGAUGAUAUUAUAUUAAUUGAAUUAGCUAAUAUUGUUUUUCGUUAUGGUUAUAUACGUGAUGCAAUUAUAUUUAUUGAACGAGCAUUAGAUUAUCAUUUGACAUUAAAAAUACCAAAUGUUAUAUCAUUAUUUAUUCGUUCCAUAUUACAUUAUUAUUUAGGAAAUCUAUGUACUAUUGAUAAUAGAUUUUUAUUAGCUAUACAAUUUUAUAAUCGAACAAAAAUUUUAUUAGAAAGAAUUAUAAAAAUUAAUGAUGAACAACAAUUAGAAAUUCUUUCGUCAUCUUCUCUUGAUUCAUUAUCAAUAUCAUCAUUAUUAUCAAUAUCUCAACAAAAAAUCGAUGCACUUGGUUGUCAUUUAACAUUAGAAUUAUCAUUACAACGUAGACAUCAAAUAUUACAAACUAAAUUAGCUCAAUUAAAUCAAUUACGAUCAAUAACAGAUGAACUAAUAGAUUUAAAUGCUCUUAUUAAACGUGAUAUGUCAACUGGUCAAUCAUUUAUUGAUUAUUUACGUCAGUUAAAAGAUGAACAAAAACAAAUAAUUUGUAAUUGGAAAAAAACAAGAAAACAAAAAUCAACUAAUAAACAAUUAUCUAAUAAUAAUUUAGUUUCAUAUAGAAAAAAAUAUUCAACAAUAAUGAAACAAGAUGAUUAUUGUUCUAUUGAUGAUAAUAAUUCAUUUAUAACAACAAUAAUAAAUAAUAAUACUAUUACUAAUAAUUUUGAUUGUCGACCACGAGAUAAUAUAAUUAUUAUUGAUGAAGAUAUUAAAAUUAAAGAUAGACCAAUAUUGAAUAAAAAACAAAAUCUUAUGUCAAUACGUCUUAAUGCUAUUGAACAAACUCAAUCAUCAUAUAUAUUAGAAGAUGAUAAUAAUCGUAUUGAUUCUAUUGAUAUAACUGAUCAAAUAACAUCAACAUCAACAACAGUAUGGCCAACAUUAACAUCACGUUUACCAACAGAUGUUAUUGUAGAAAGAAAUAAAAAAUUUAUUUUAAAACAAUUAAGUGAACUUUAUCCUCCACUUAAACAAAAUAUUGUGAUUAAAUUAAAUGAACAACAAUUACCAACAUAUAAAGAUUGUCAAAUACAUUAUUAUGGUUUACCAUCUAUUGGUGAUUAUCCAACCAUAUGGUUACCAUUAGAAAAUAAAGGUUUAUUAAAUAUAAAACAAGCAUUUUAUCAAGGUCUUAGUCAUCAAAAAAAACAUUAUCCACUUCCAUGGUCUCCACCAUUAUGUACAUUAUAUAAACCAAUAAAUGAACAUUUAUCAAUUAUUGAAAAUCAUCCUGUAUUAAGACGUUUAUCACGUAUGAAAGCACCAAUAAAUCGUUAUGAUACAAAUAUGUUAUUAAAUUUAUAUUUUUAUAUUGAUUCAACAAUUGAUGAACAAAUACCAAUUGAAGAAUUUGGUCAACGUUUAAGAUCUGUUGGAGAAAAACAUGAAAAUUUAUUACCAGAAUGGAUUGUUCACUUAUUAUCAUCACUUUAUUGGCGUGUUAAUGGACAUUUACCACAUGCUAUUGAUUGUGGAUUAAAAGCACAUGAAAUUAUUAUUCGAAAUAAAGUAUAUAAACAAUGGAGUGAUUUAACACUUAUUAAUCUUGCAAAUAUUUUAUAUCUUUGGGGAAAAUAUGAAGAUGCACUUGAUUUAACUGAACAAGCUUAUACAAUAAAUUCCCAUGAACCAAUAACAAAUUAUUUCUUAGGAAAUUUAUUAGCAUUAACAAAAAAUAAUCAUACAGCAGCACAAGAAUAUUAUCGACGUACAUUAACAAUUGAUCCAACACAUAUAUAUGCUCGACGACAAUUACGUCUUAGUUAUUGUUAUACAAUGUAUACAGCAUGGGAAAUGAUGAGUUGUUCAAAUGAUAAAAAUAUUUAUCAGAAAAAAUCAAUACCAAGUGAAAGUCGUCAACCAACAGUCGAUAAUCGUUCAUCAAUUAAUCGUUGGCUUAAUCGUUCAUGUUUAACAUCACCUAUUAAACGUGAAGAAUUAUUAAAUGAUGCACGACGUGCUUAUCGUUCAUAUGGUUUAUGUUCAUCAUCAUCAACAUCAUCAUCAUCAUCAUCAUUAGUUAAUAAUAAUAAUAAUCAUCAUAUCAAUGAUGAAUGUUCACAAGGUUAUGCUGUUACAAAUUAUGGUACUGAUAUAGGACAUAUAAUUAUAAUAUAUGAUAAAUUAAAACAAACAUUUGAUUAUACAUAUAUAUUUACAAAUAAUUAUAGUGAUAUGUUUUUAAAAGAAAGUAAAUUAAAAUGUAUUAUUUAUGGUACAGGUAGAAAAUCUUCUAAAUGUUAUGAUUUAAAUAUAAUUGAUCCAAAUGAAUUUAAUCCAAAACAUAAUAUGACAUGGUGGCGUGAUCCAUCAACAUUAUAUGAACAUUUAAAAGAACUUAUUGAAAUAAUGAAUUAUGAAUAUGAAUUAAAUAAUCAUACACAAUUAUUAAAUUAUAAUAAUCAUAAGAAUAUUUAUGAAAAAUAUUUUUCAGAUUAUUAUAUUUUAUCAAAAGAAAUACAAGAAAAAUAUUUAUUAAAUAAUUAUAUUAAUAUUGAUAAAAAUGAUUGUGUAAAUAAAUCAACAAUAACAUAUACACCUUAUUUAUCAACAUGGAUAUCACCACAAACAAAAAAUAUUUAUUUAAAUUAUACAUUUUUUAAACAGAUAAAAAAAGAUAAUAUUGAAUUAAAUCAACCUUUAUGUUUAUAUCCAUUAAUUGAACAAGUAAAUACAACGAAAAAUAUUCAAAUACUUGAUUAUAUUAUUAAAAAAGCUAAUGAAAAUUUAACUUUAUAUCGAUCUGAAACAAUAUUAAGACCAAUUUUAUUAAAUUUACUUUUUGAAAAAAAUCCAACAACAAUGAAUAAAGGAGUUGAUGAUAAAGUAUUAAUUGGAUCUUUUCUUGCUGCCGGUCUUAAUUCACCUGUUUAUAAUACAUCUUGGCUUUAUUUUCAUACAAUAUCACUUUAUUGGCGUCUUAUGGGUAAUGCAUCUCAAGCACUUAAUUGUCUUUUUCAAUCUUAUCUAUUAUCACCAUCAAAUGUACAAGAUUUAACCUAUCUUUCAAUGGCAUUAUUGCUCUAUAACAGUCAAUUACAUAUAAAUGAAGCUAUUUAUUUAUUAUAUGAAUCAUUAUCAAUUGAUCCUAAUGGUCUUGUUCUUACACAUUUUACAUUAGGUAAUGCAAUGGCAAGAAAAGGACAUUUAAACUUUGCUGAACAAUGGUAUCAAUCAACAUUAAAAUUAAAACCAGACUUUGAACCGGCUAAACAACGUUUACGUGCUAUUCAAUGUUGA